AUGGCAGCAGAACUUUCGUUAAGUAACCCGGUGUUCAAGUUGUUCGCGUAUUAUAGCACCAUAGUGCUAGUUAAAUACUUGCUGCUGCUACCACUCACUGCACUAAUCAGAACAACGAGAAAGAAAUAUUCCAAUCCAGAAGAUGCCAAGGCGUUCGGAAAUGCCAAGUCCACUGAAGACGUAAAGCGCAUGGGGGCGACAGACAGUACCGUGGAAAGAGUAAAAAGAGUGGUUCAGAAUGACAUUGAGAACAUCUACGCAUUCAUGGCAUUGGCUCCACUCUACGUCUUGACUGCUCCGGCUCUAAAUACCGCCCUCUGGGUAUUUCGUCUCUUCACUGGGGCCCGCGUGGCACACACAGUAUGUUAUUUGUUGAGUCUUCAGCCGUUUCGUGGUAUAUGCUGGAUAAUCAAUAUAUCGAUUAAUUUUUACAUGGCUUAUUGCAUUUAUCAGAGUUGUGCUAAAUAACUGGGUAUCAAAUAUGUAUAUUACCAUAGUAUAUCUUCCAUAGUGGUAAUAAUGACGUCUUUAAAAUAGCCAUAUCACAUGCUGUGUGAUCUUGAACUUUCUUUUUUUGAAUAAAUUU